CUAGGGAUCGAACCCUGGGAUCUGCGUCAGCUACUGCGAACUGGUGAAUACCGUUUCAGCGGGCCCAUUGACCAAUGCUAUGGGCUCAUUAACCAGUGGUACGGUUCCAUUGACCGCUAUCAUGGGCCCAUUGGCCAUUCUCAUGAGACUUGAUGGGCACAUUGCAUUGAGAGGGGAUGGGAGGCCAUUUGCUGUUUCAGGGAAGAAUGGGGCAACACUAUCAUGGCAGAAGCGUUUGCAGAUAUCACUUGAAACUGCAAGAGGUCUUGACUACCUUCACAACUGUUCUGACCCAGCCAUUAUUCAUCGUGAUGUGAAGCCAAGCAAUAUACUGCUGGACAAGGAUAUGUCCGUGAAGGUGGCAGAUUUCGGGAUCUCAAAGCUUGUGGAUAUAAAUGACACAACGGUUUCGACGAGGGUUGCAGGCACUAUUGGUUAUCUAGAUCCAGCGUUUCUUGCCACACAGAAGUUGACAAGAUCCAGUGAUGUCUACAGUUUUGGCAUAGUUCUCCUGGAGCUCAUCACAGGGAAAAUGUGCCCGGCCUACAUGAAGUCUAAUCCAGAGAUUCCCAUGUCAGAGUGGGCUUUGGAUAUGUUCAACAGAGGAGGAAUAAACGCUAUUCUUGAUCCAAAACUUCAGAGCAGUGUCUUCCCGAAGGAAGCUAUUACAAUGUUGGCCAAAGUGGCUUUUCUAUGUGUAAAAGAGAAAAGACAGUUGCGGCCUGUCAUGAGGGACAUUGUUCAAGGCAUUGAAAAUUGUCUGGUGAAGGCUAGAAAUGAGGUGGAGGUUGACAACAGUGGGAGCUUGUCGCGUAUUUCAUCUCAGUCACAUUCCUCAGAUCUGAUUGAUAUUGAAGCACUGGAGCGACGGUUUCAUGCGGGAGUUCAUGUUGACACAAUCCUCUUGUGCCCAGCUCCAGAAAUAACCCACAGGAACAGCGGGAACAGCGGGAAGCUCAUAGUCCAUAAGUCGGGUAAGCGGGAAUUGGUUCCAACUUCCAACCUGACUUGAGUGCCAAUUCUCUUCUCUAUGAGUGAGGCCACAAAAGAAUCCACCCCAUUGUGUGUGUGUGUGUGUGUGUGUGUGUGUAUCGUAAAUCAUUCCCCAUGGCGUACUCGCCAUGCAACCCACUAUCACAGUGGUACACCAGGCCCUGGUCAUGUCCAAACUAGCACUCUCUGGUCCCUGCGGCUUACCAUGACCAGCUUUCCAGAGUCCCACAUAGGAUGGAGGGCAUGGGAGGCGGGAGGGCAGACAAUAUGCAAAUAGACCAAACAGCCUAACCAAAAAAAACAAAGUCCCAAAAAGAUA